AAUCCACGAUACGACAAUUACUCGCAGAUCAACACAACCACCGUGUCAGAUCUCUGACUCACUGGACAAACGCCGGUUUUCUCUAUCUAGAAAACAACACACACAGAGAGAUAGAGAGAGGGAGACAACAGGCGGAUAUGACGGAGCCGAAAGACCCGGCGAUCAAGCUCUUCGGGAAGACGAUUCCUUUGCCUGAGAUCCCUCCUUUUGCUGUUGAUGAUGGGGACAAUCAGGACCGUCCAUCUUCUACAAAUUCGUCCACAGAGGAGGAUAAGAACAUAGAUGCUGAGGAGGGAGAUGUUGUUGAUAAGGAUGCAACUGAAGAAAAACCAAGUGACACUAAGCCGGAAGAUGGAGCCCCAUCUGUGGCUUCAGAUGAAUCCAGAAAUCCAGACACGACAUCAGGGACGAAUGAGAACUCUAAGACAUCGCCUGUGAAAGAAAGUGACACAUCAAAAACUUCAAAGACAGAGGAAGAACAGAGUGAGACAAGUACUUCGCAAGAAAAGACCACCCUCAAGAAACCAGAUAAGAUUCUUCCAUGUCCUCGCUGUAAUAGCAUGGAUACCAAGUUCUGCUACUACAAUAAUUACAAUGUCAACCAACCCAGGCAUUUCUGCAAGAACUGCCAGAGAUACUGGACUGCUGGAGGGACCAUGAGGAAUGUGCCCGUUGGUGCAGGUCGUCGCAAGAACAAGAACUCAGUUUCUCACUUCCGUCAGAUAGCUGUUUCCGAAGCUCUCCAUAAUGCUCGAACUGAUGUACCAAAUGGUGUUCGUCCUUCAUUGAAAAGUAAUGGUACAGUCCUUGCUUUUGGUUCAGAUACACCUCUGUGUGAAUCUAUGGCUUCUGUCUUGAAUAUUGCUGAUAAAUCAGUGCGGCACUGCACGCAAAAUGGUUUUCAUAAACCCAAUGAGUUAAUGAUACCAAUUUCUUAUGGAGGUAGAGAAAAUGGAGACAGUUGUUUGAACGGUUCUUCAGCAAUGGCUUCAAAUUCAAAGAAUGAAGCAGGUAACACUGUGUCACAAGAGCAGGUAUUAAGAAAUUGUCAGGCCUUCCCACAACAAAUACCAUGCUUUCCUGGUGCUCCAUGGCCAUAUCCUUGGAAUUCAGCUCAGUGGAGCCCUCCAAUGCCCCCUCCGGCUUUCUGCCCUCCAGGGUUUCCUAUGCCAUUCUACCCUGCAACACCUUAUUGGGGUUGCACAGUACCAGGUCCUUGGAACAUCCCAUGGCUUCAUCAGCCCUCUUCUCCAAAGCAAGCUGCAUCAAACUCAGGGCCUAACUCGCCAACCUUGGGGAAACAUUUGAGGGAUGAAAAUACGGCUAAAGCCAGCAACACUGGAGAGGAAGAAACUUCAAAAGACAACCACACAGAAAGAUGCCUUUGGGUUCCAAAAACCUUGAGGAUUGAUGAUCCUGGAGAAGCUGCAAAGAGCUCUAUAUGGACGACACUCGGGAUUAAGAAUGAUAAAGUUGAUUCAUUUGGUGGAGGAGGACUGUUUAAGUCUUUUCAAUCGAAAGGCGAUGAAAAGAGUCAUACAACUGAAUCCACUCCAGUUUUACAUGCCAACCCAGCUGCAUUAUCUAGGUCACAGAACUUCCAUGAGACCUCAUGAUUGGAUAGCUUACAAGCUAGGUAAGUGCUUCCUUGUGGUGCAAAGAGACUUGUGUUAUCAGCUGAUACAUACACACCCUCACUCAUUUUGAACACCAAAAGGCCAUGUGCAAUAGACCAGACUCAUCUGUAACUUAUAAUUCUUAAAAGUAUUCCAGCCGAAAAGAAAUGCAGGAGGAGGAUCUACGAUUAAAUUCUCCAAGGUUGGUAAUUUUAAAUCCUAGUUAUACCAUAAUUAGUCACUAUUUUUUUUUUUUUUUGCUUCGGAUUGAAUGCCUGUAACCAAGAAGUGAUUUUCUUUCAUUUCUUUUGGUUCUCUUUUUCUUUCUUUCCAGUUAGAUGUUUUAUUGAGGUUGUGUACAUAUUUAUAUUUUGAGAUUGAGAGCUAGGACGGUAUGUAACUUAUGUCUCAAGAUCCCUGUUGUACUAAAAUAAAUUUGGGGAAUUAAGAAUCGAACUUUGAGUUCUUGCUUUUCA